UUAUCGAAGAAGGGUAAGAAAGAAAGGAAAAGAGAAAGUGAGAUAUGGAACUGCCGAAAGAAUGCAUUGCUGACAUAUUGGGCCGCACUACUCCAUUGGAUGUCGCCAGGAACUCCAUCGUUUCUAAGAUCUUCUGCUCCGCCGCUGAUUCUGACUCUAUUUGGAAUAAUUUUCUCCCUUCUGAUUUUCAUUCGAUCAUUUCCCAGUCUCCUUUCUUAGCCAACGCUCCAAAGAAAACCAUUUAUCUCGCUCUCUCAGAUCACCCUAUCAUCAUCGAUCAGGGAAAAAAGAGCUUUCAAUUGGACAGGAAGACUGGGAAGAAAUGUUACAUGCUUGCUGCCAGAGCUCUCCAAAUUUCUAUGGGUGACGAUGAGCGUUACUGCGGCUGGGUCACCCUCCCAGAGUCUAGGUUCGAAGAAGUUGCCAAGCUUGAAGUUGCCAAGCAUGAAGUUGGGUUCUGGUAUGAUAUUUAUGGGAUGAUAAAUACAGUUGAUUUGUCCCCAAACACUCAAUAUGCAGCUUUUCUUGUGUUUAAGAUGAUCACUGAUAAUGGAGGCCCUAUCCGUGCAUUGUUAUCGAUUGACAUUUUUGGGGUCCCUAUCCGUAAGAAUGCAGUUUGUUUGGACAUGAAGCUAAAACUGAUCUCUGAGUGUCCAAAUGUGAGAAGUGAUGGCUUGUUGGAGAUUGAGAUGGGGGAGUUCUUCAAUUCAGGCCUAGAAGAUGGUGAAGUGGAGAUGAGGGCUAUGAUAUCAAAGUUUUUAUUUUGGGAGGGAAGUUUUUAUCUUGAAGGAAUAGAAGUUAGGCCUAAGCUAUAGUAGAUAGGACUAGCAAAUAUGUUAAGGGAAUUGCAACUUUUGGGGUAGAAAAUAAACAUAUGUAGCAUGGUC